AUGUCCAAAAUCGAGGAUUUGAUCUGCGAUACAGUUGAUCGUAUUCUUGCGGAUCCGAAAUCAAAAAAAUUACUGGAGCACAUCAACCCGGAUUUCGAAAAACCGAAGCGCCCGUUUAUGCGCAUGGAAUACAAAGAAGCUAUCAAAUGGCUUCAGGAACAUAACAUUAAAAAUGAAUCGGAAAAUGAGUUUGCUUUCGGUGACGACAUUCCAGAAGCUGCUGAACGAAAAAUGACAGAUAUCAUUAAUCAGCCAAUUUUACUGAAUCGUUUCCCGGCUGGAAUUAAGGCAUUUUAUAUGUCUCGUGAUCCGCUUGAUACCAGUGUUACGGAAUCUGUAGAUCUGCUUAUGCCUGGCGUUGGUGAGAUCGUCGGCGGUAGUAUGAGAAUCUGGAAGCCAAUUUUACUGAAUCGCUUCCCGGCUGGAAUUAAGGCAUUUUAUAUGUCUCGUGAUCCGCUUGAUAACGGUGUUACGGAAUCUGUAGAUCUGCUUAUGCCCGGCGUUGGUGAGAUCGUCGGCGGUAGUAUGAGAAUCUGGAAGGAGCCGCAGCUAUUGGACGCUUUUAAGAAUGCUGCUAUUGAUCCGACACCGUAUUACUGGUAUGUCGAUCAACGGAAAUACGGCUCUUGCCCUCAUGGUGGUUACGGCCUCGGUCUGGAGCGUUUCAUUUGUUGGCUAACCAACACCGCUCACAUUCGUGAUGUCUGUCUUUAUCCGAGAUUCAUUGGACGAUGUGCUCCGUAA